UUUUAGAUCGGCACGUUGGAUUUUUGGGGGAAAAGCAGCUAGUGAAUAUAAACUUUUAAUACAUGAGAAAUAUAUGUUGCUUACCUAUUUACUUUCAAAAGAUCCAGUGGUCUCUGUGUACUCUUAAAUCACUUACAAGUGAUUUAACACUUUUGCAGAGGCAGAAAUGUGUAUGAGAACAAAUGAAUUUGAAUAACAGCAUAAACAGAUUAUCUGGGGUGUCCCGUGUACUCCUGUAGGACUGAUGGGAAAUAAGAUGUCUACGUUUGCAAAAUAUCUUGAAGAAUGGAAUUGCAGAGUAAUUUUCUCAGUUACAUUUAAGAUGAAGCAGCUUUUGCAUUUUGAGGAUGUGUAAGCGAUCUGUGUUGCAAAGUUAACUCAAAAUUCUCAGUGUGUUUCUGGAGCUCUGAAAAAGUAGUGGGCUGGAGAACCUUUCAUUCAGUAACUGCAGUGGUCCAUCCUAAGAGGGACGCCAGCACAAAUCCAUAUGGAAGAUGAACCUCCUCCUUCUCAAGGAGUCAGUGUCAAGGUCUUGGAGGCAACAUUAUUGUCAGCCCUGAAGAUGCUGGAUGUUGGGAAAUGGCCAAUUUUUUCCCUUUGUUCACAAGAAGAGCUCAAGUUAAUUCGUCAAGCCUGUGUAUUUGGAAGUGCUGGUAAUGAGGUGCUGUAUGUAACUGAAAAUGAUGAGGUUUUUGUGCUUGGCAUGAACUGCAGUGGGUGUUUGGGAACCGGAGACGUCCAAAGCACAAUUGAGCCAAAGAGAUUAGAUUCUCUAUGUGGCAAAAAGAUAGCCUGUCUGAGUUAUGGAAGUGGCCCUCAUGUUGUUCUUGCUACAGAAGAAGGAGAAGUGUACACAUGGGGUCAUAAUGCUUACAGUCAGUUGGGCAAUGGUACAACAAAUCAUGGUUUGGUUCCCUGUCAAGUCUCUACCAACUUGGUGAACAAGAAAGUCAUUGAAGUUGCUUGUGGCUCUCAUCACUCUAUGGUGUUAACAUCUGAUGGGGAGGUGUACACGUGGGGUUAUAAUAACUCAGGCCAGGUUGGAUCUGGUUCAACUGCUAAUCAACCAAUUCCUCGAAGAGUUACCAGCUGCCUACAAAAUAAAGUAGUAGUUAACAUAGCCUGUGGACAGAUGUGCUCUAUGGCUGUGGUGGAAAAUGGAGAGGUCUAUGUCUGGGGUUACAAUGGGAACGGCCAGCUGGGGCUGGGCAGCAGCGGCAAUCAGCCAACACCGUGCCGAAUAGCAGCCUUGCAAGGCAUUCGUGUGCAGCGGGUUGCCUGUGGCUGUGCACAUACGUUAGUGCUAACAGAUGAAGGUCAGAUUUAUGCCUGGGGAGCCAAUUCAUAUGGCCAGUUAGGUACUGGGAAUAAAAGCAACCAGUCUUACCCUACUACGGUUACUGUGGAUAAGGACAGAGUUAUAGAGAUUGCAGCCUGCCACUCUGCUCACACUUCGGCUGCCAAGACGCAGAGCGGCCAGGUGUACAUGUGGGGCCAGUGCCGCGGCCAGUCUGUGGUCCUUCCCCACCUCACUCACUUUGCCUGCACUGACGAUGUGUUUGCUUGCUUUGCUACCCCUGCUGUUAUGUGGCGUCUUCUCUCAGUAGAGCCCGAUGACCAUCUAACAGUAGCCCAGUCACUGAAGAAGGAAUUUGACAACCCUGAAACUGCAGACCUGAAGUUCCUAGUGGAUGGAAAAUACAUCCAUGUUCAUAAAGUUCUUCUCAAAAUUAGGUGUGAACAUUUUCGUUCCAUACUGAAUAACGAUGAUGAAAUUAUAGAAAUGAGUGAAUUUUCUUAUCCUGUUUAUCGAGCCUUCCUGGAGUACCUGUAUACAGACAGUAUUAGGCUCCCUCCUGAAGAUGCCAUAGGACUGCUAGAUUUGGCAACACUGUAUAGAGAAAACAGAUUGAAAAAGCUUUGCCAGCAAACAAUCAAACAAGGCAUUUGUGAAGAGAAUGCGAUCGCUCUUCUUUCUGCUGCUGUCAAAUAUGAAGCUCAGGACUUGGAAGAGUUUUGCUUCAGAUUUUGCAUAAACCACUUAACUGUUGUAACACAAACUCAAGGCUUUGCAGAAAUGGACCACGAUCUCCUGAAAAACUUCAUUAGCAAAGCAAGCAGAGUGGGAGCAUUCCGAAAUUGAGAGCUGACUACCACCAAGCUGAAGAGCACAGCCUCAUUCCUCCUGGGAAUACUUCUGCUCUGGAGAGCUUUGAAGAGAGACUCAGUGUCCGUCAGCUUGGGAAAUGCCUUGAAGUCUGCUAACAUACUGGUUUGAAAAGAUGACUACAGCAUAGGUGUGUAGGGAGAGCCAGCAUUCAGAAUUUGACAACAAAACCUAAUGCAAUAACUACCCUUUCCCACUUAAAGUCAAGCAAACUAAGCUGUCAUUAUCUUGGCUAUUUUGAGUAUAUUAUUUUUAUGUAAACAACCUGUAACUGGAUUUUAUGGAGCAGUGACAUCCUUGCUGCUAAAACUUUCAUAGUACACUUCUAUCACCAAACUAAGCUAAUAUGCCAUAGUAGACUGCUUUGUGCCAGGUCAUCCAGAUUAGAGACAAACUUGGUUUCUGAGUACUUGAUAAAGUACUAUAAAUUCUUUAGGAUGAGAAGCUUUCUGUGUGGGAGGAGGUUUUGUCUCACUGUACGUUUAUUUGGAGUGUAAAUACUAAAACUGUGAAGGGUUUCAGCUGGAUAUUAGAAUUUGAAGUUGCUGGCCAAUAUUCCCAUUGUUCUGGACAAUUAAGAAACCUCUCUGUUACACCAGAAAUGCUCCCUGGCGCCCCAGUGGGACAGCAAACAUAUUUAUCUGGACAUGAAUUAUGGUGCUGUGUUACAGCACUCAGAAAACCAUCUCGUUGCUUGUUAUCAGGAAAAAGAAACCUAAACAAAACCUCAAGGAAAGGGAAGUUCGACUGAGAUUUGCUCAUUGAAUCCUGUCUUACUGCUUGUCUCCCAAUAGAUCAUCUUAAGAAAAGUGGAAAAGAAGAUAAAGUGAUAAAAUGGGUCUUAGAAUUAAAUCACAAAAGCGGAACUCGCACUUCUUCCCAUGUGGCAGUAAGGACACCCUGCUGAGUGUGUCGUUUCAGGUUCUCCUUUGGGCAGGGCUGCAAUACCUCUCCAGGUGACCCCACCAGUUGCAUUCCGUGCCUGUGUCAGAUGAGAGGAGUUGUCCACUGGCCAUGGAGGUGGGUGGGAUGGGUGAGGCAGAGUAGGUACUUAAUUUCUAACUGACUAACAUGAGCUGAGAUAAAAUCCCACCUUGCGUUACGCAUAGGAAGGGUUGCCCUCUUACAGAAGAUGCUGAGCUUAUGGAGCAGUUCCUUGGAAUUUUUUUUAACAGGCAAUUGUGAAUUAACUCUGAGAAAUAAUUUCUCUUCACAGAGCAGGAGAGGCAGCUGUAGUAUUUUAUGGCUGCAGUAUUUUACAAAACUGGAUGGCCAGGUUUGGUGUGCUGGUCUGUGUCAUGCCACCUUCACUCAGACUCGUGCCCUGCCAGACUCCUCUGAUGACUUACUCCAAUCCUCAAAUGUGGUUUCUAAGAACCUAAUUCCUUUAAAUGAUCUCGGCCUCAUUUCCUCAUUUCUGAAGUGGAAAUUAUUGUCCUUUGUCAUAUCAGAGAAUUAUUUCUUAAGCAGUCGUAUUCCUUGAAGAGAAGGAAGAGGAGAAACAAGUUCUCAGAGAAGGGAAGUGAGGAGAUGCUCUCGUCACAUUGGUCUCUGCAGUUGUGAUUGGAUGGGUAAGGUGUGCAGAUGGCAAAAAUGACUUAGGGAGAAAGCUGGAAGCAGAUUAUUUUGGGAAAAUGCUGUGCUAAAAAAUGACUUGCAGUUUGGGCUUUUCCCUCAAACUGUCACUAGGAGUAUAUUGUAUCAUCUACUGCUAACGAGCUUAUUUUGCCAUCCUGUAGUCAUACAGCUUCCUCCAGCAGCACAGACCCAUACUUCAGCUGCUGCGUCAGUAUUUUAUGUUCAAAUAGAACUGGUCAAAACUUUCCAGUACAUAUUGCCAUCUCAUCAAAACCACAACUUCCCCAAGGGGAAAAUGGUGUGUUGUAGUAGUUCUGUGUUAAAAAGGGCUUGCUUCAGGCACACAGAUUAGGCUGUUCUCAGGUGGGGCACAAGUUCACCGUGCUGUAGCCCAACACUGAUCAUAUCAAGAGUGCAGAUAAAAGGCAACACUGUGUGAGUCAAGGCUGGGGAAUUCCUACCCAUUUGGUUGAGUCAGGGACAGUCAUGAUGAAAUCUCAGUCCUGUGCACCCCAGGGCCUGAGAACUGCCAGUGUCACCUGCCAGCGUGGCCUUGGCAGCACAAAGAACCAAGUGACUCUGCUGCAGCCCUGCAUUUGGGUAGCGGCUUGCAUGGGCAGAUAGUGAUAGGACAAGGGGAAAACUAAAAGACGUUAGAUGUUAGGAAGUAAUUCUUUACUCACAGGGCAGUGAAGCUGUGGAUGCCUCCAUUCCUGAGGCACUCAAGGCCGUGUAGGAUGGGGGCUUGGGCAGCCUGAGCUGCUGGGUGGCACUGCCCAUGGCAGGGGGUUGGGGCUUUAAGAUCCCUUCCAACCGGAGCUGUUCUGUGGUUCUGUGACACUACUGGCUGUAGGCAAGGCUGCAGCUGUGGGUGGGAAGCAUGGCUGCCUGCCACAAGCCUGGACAAACAACAGAGCUCACAUUUGUAGCACCCGAGGAGAUCGGGGCGAAAGAGCCGCUGGAUGCCAAGGAGAGCCGGAGGCAGUUGGGCAGCACUGCUUUGUGUAGGAAGGGCAGAAGCUCCUCCACCCAGUCAUGGUAUUUAUGAAGCUGGAAUUAAGUUCAAAAAAUGUUCUCUAAAUAUUUCCACUGUCAAAGUGUUAAGAUUCUAAAGUUUUUAAAAACUUUUUAUUUUACUCAACAUCUGAUCAAACCUGUCCACUGCUCAGGGAAGAGCCUGGCUCCCUGGAGAGAAAUCCCUGGGCAGUGCUGCCGCGUUCCUACUCUGGCUCACGUCCAUAGGGCAAUUCAACAACCUGAAACCCCCAGAUAGAAACUACUGCAGUCAAUACAGCGUGCUUUCUUAGUAAGGCAUUUUUUUGGCUUAACAUAACCAACAGUGCCUUUUUUAAAAAAAAUUAUUUCCUUCCUGUGUAUGAUUUCCCACCUACUGUGCACAGCAAAACUUGGCUGCGAUUUCACUGUGGUUGGCAAAGACCCUUGUCUUGAGAGAAAGCAUCUCUGCACUGAACAAAGGCAACUAUAGGUGUAGUAUGGCAGUGUUGGCUGUCCCUCACACCAUACGUAUGUUGGUUCUGGAUGCGAUGGCAUUGUAUUCAUAGAGACUUCUAUUUAUUUAUUUGCUAACUUUUGUUUGCAUGCACUUUCCUUGGCACUUAAUGGUCAAUGUUUAAGAAACAUACUGGUGUAAGUGGUUAAACGUGGAUGCGUGUGCAUAGAUGUGCUUGAAACCCUCUUGUGGGGGCAUUUUGGAAGAAAUUCAGGAUGGAUUUUGCCAUUGUACAGUGGUCUGCAAUGACGUUAAACUGUGGAUCCUGCAGGUUAAAUACUUAAGGAGGUGGUUCUUGGUUUUUAGGACACCGCAGACAAAAAAGGGUAUUGUUAUGUGAGAAUAUGGUCAAGCAUAAUAUGUGUUUGGGGCUCAGAGAUGGAUCUUUGCUUAAGAAGGGGAAACACAGAGUGGAAUUUGCAAGGAAAAGACAUGACAAGAAACUGAUCACCUCAAGGUUAAGUUGCUGAAGAGUCAGCACUGCAGUGCUGUGGGUAGUCCUGGUACCGGGUGAGCUGCUGAGUCACUUCCAUAGGCUUUCCUUGUACAACAAAGUGCUCAGCUGCCCCACAGAGCCAGGACUCACUGGGUACCACCUAACGAUGCAGCAAGGUUACAGCCUGAACAUACAAGUAGGUUCUGAUUUCUUGUUUCUUUAUAAACUUGCCUGGUUUAACAGACCAUUAAUAAAAACACCAUUGUAUUUGCGAA